UGCGCUAAUAUGCACUCAGAGGUGUCUUAUAUGAUGGCAACUAAAUUGACCAAAUAAGGAGGGACCCAUCUUUUCCUCCCUACAUAUAUUGGUGGGUCCCAAUUCUCCACAAAACUCAUUCUUAUCUUAUGGACCCAUUUUUGUUGUGGGGCCAAACUCUUCUACCGUUGAUUUUCCCACCCCUCUAUUUAUAUGUAGUCCCCUUCUUUAGCGGUGUGGAGACCCAUUAAAAUUAAACCUAUUAAUUAUUUAAUCAAAUAAAGUAAUUAAUAAAAAAAAUAAAAAAUUGGAGGGUCCCAAUCUUUGAAGAAGCCAUCCAAAGCGGAUAAGUGGGGUUGCCUUUUCUAGGGUUUGUUUUCUCUCCCCUGUUCUCUCUUCCUUUCUGAUUUAUUACUCUCUAAUUAUCACUAUUAUUAUUAAUUAAGUAUUAUUGAAAUCAUAAACAGUCUUCUCUUAAUCUGUUAACAGUACAAUAUAAAUCCAAUUCUAGUCAAAAAAAGAAUUGACAAAAAUUAAAGCUCUGUUCCCUCCUUCUUUUCCCCGCCCACCACCUGUUCGUUCUUAUUCCCCAAUGAAACUGUUUGUGCAAUUCUUCUAGUGUUGUUGAUUUCUUGAGUUUUUUUAAUGGAUUUUCUUCAAAUUUAUCUGGGUAAUUCUUGAAUUUUUCUGGGUCGUUUUAGAUUUUUACCAGCAUCAAUUUUUUCAAAACAAGAAAAGCAACAAUGGAAGACGAAGAGAACAACAGUAGCAGCAACAACGACACUAAUAGUAGAAACUCCGGUGAUUUCCCGGCGACGGACCCAUUACCGCCGGUGGACCACUCAAAAUCGACGGCGAUAAUUCCGGCGGCGUUGAAGGUCGAGCCCACUGACGCGGUUACACUCGCUUCACCUCCUCCUUUGGUGCGUAAACGGCCAUCGAAGGACCGUCAUACGAAGGUUGAAGGUCGAGGUCGGAGGAUCCGAAUGCCCGCAGCUUGCGCUGCUCGGAUCUUCCAGCUGACCCGAGAACUCGGGCAUAAAUCUGAUGGGGAAACAAUCAAAUGGCUUCUUGAACGAGCUGAACCGGCUAUUAUUGAAGCUACUGGUACGGGUACGAUUCCUGCCAUUGCUGUUUCUGUGAAUGGGACUUUGAAGAUCCCGACUACUUCGUCAGGAAAAGAUGAGGAUGAUUAUGGUGGGAAGAAGCGUAGGAGGACUAAUAAUAGUGAUUUUGUUGAUAUGGCUGAUGUUGGUGUUGGUAGUGGGGUUACGCUUUCGAGUGGGUUGGCGCCUAUUAUGCCUGCCACCGCGGCAUUGGGCUUCACUGCGGCACAAGCCCCUGGUCCGCCACCCCAGGGACUUGUGCCGCUUUGGCCUGCUAAUUUUUUCAUGGUGCCCAAUGCCGCCGGUGGAGGCCAGCAAGCUCAGUUCUGGGCUGCCCCGGUGUUUGGGUUGGCCACGCGGCCUAUAAAUAAUUUUGUGUCUGAGGUCGUUCCGGGGAUGGGUUUAAGUGGUGGGAGGAAUGAGACGAGUGUAGGGCCGAGUUCGGGUACUAUAAAUGGGGAUGCUCCUACCACAACUACUAGUAGUAACAAUACUGCUACUACUACAUCAUUAUUGGAUUUUUCACUAGAGAUAUAUGAUAAGAAUCAUCAAAAGAGGGAGUUACAAUUGAUGGGUAGUAGACCUAGUAACAUUAAUGAGACUAAUCAUCAUCAUAAUCAUAAUAAUCAUCAAGGAAUGUCUCAAGAACAAGUUCAGCUUCAAGUACAAGCAGGAGGAAGUAGUAAUAGUACUACACCACCUUCAUCUUCAUCACAAGCAGUUUGACAUUUUGGUGAAAUUUUAGGAAUGGAUGAUGAUCAUGAUGUAAUGUCAUGUCAUGUAAGUUGUAAGUAAGAUGAGUUUUGGUGGAUUUUAUAUUUUUAAAAUAUUAGGGGGUCAAUUCAUGAGGCAUACACAAUUUGAUCAAAGUACCAAACUCUAAGUGUUUGAUAUUGUUAACCCCAUUACAUUUUGUUGGGUGAUUAAGGAGGUGGUUUGAUUGGUGGUGGUGGGUUUCUCUUUUUAGCCACUUUUAGGCUUUUUAAUCUAGUUAUUAUUAUGCUUAGCAUGUUAUUUUUAGAUUUUGGAGUGAUUGUGCAAAAGUUCAGUUAGGUUUAGAGGCUUUUAGCCGUUUUAUGAUGCAAUUUGUGAGGGGUAGUUCUUCUAACUUCUAAACUUUCUCCAAAUUUAACACUUACGUUUCACUUUGUUAUUGAAGAUUCAUCCUCACUUUGUUAUCA